UCAAAAGAAGAGAGGAUGAGCGGGCAAAGGCGAUUAGGGGGCGGGCAAGACGGGCUCGUAACCGCGCCGAUCGACAGUAGCGUGAGGGCAGUCGAGAGAAUGACUCGUCGCGCGUGUUCCAGCGUCUUGCGGCUGGUGGCCGUCGUGGCCCUGCUCGUGCCCUUAGCCGCGGCGUUAUCCAAGAGCGAUUUGUACCCUUAUUCGACACCGGGCGCCUCGGUCCUGCAAGCGGACAGCAAUGGAAUGCUCAUGUCUGCGGAAACUGUCCUGAAGACACCCAUCACUUUCUACGACAAAAUCUACAACAUCAUAUUCGUAAACGGAAACGGCGUCCUCUCUUUCACCAGAGCGAUGCAGAGGUUCUUCAAUAUCGCGUUCCCGCUAGACGAUCCGGUUAUCGCGCCGCUCUACACCCACGUCGACACCAGAGGAUCCGGAAGGGUCUAUUACGGCGAAACGGAUUCUCCUGACGUUCUAGCCAGAGCUGGAGCGAUGGUUCGUGGCGCGUUCAGGGACGCCGCUGGCUUCGCGCCCACUCACGUGUUCCUCGCUACCUGGCUGGACGUUGGCUACUACAACGAGGGAAGCGACAAAGUGAACACGUACCAGGUGGCGAUCGCUUCGAACGGCACGCAUUCCUACGUGGAGUUGCUGUACCCGGAUAAUGGGAUACAGUGGAUUCAAGGCGAAUCGCACCCCAGCGGUCUACCGGACGCCAAGGCGCAAGCUGGAUUUAUGAGCGAGGGAAGAAUGUACACCUUGAAGGGAUCCGGGACGGAUCAAAUACAGAACGUCGAUAAGUGGUCCAAUGUAAAUAGACCGGGACAGUGGGUGUUCCAAGUCGGACCAACCUCCGAUGAUCAGGACAUCAUGGUACCUGAUAAUAUCGAGGACGUCAACACGGCGAAACAGGCUGCCAGCUGUAGAACAGGGGCAACGACUUGCCACAGCAAAGCAACGUGCGUCGACUACGAGGUCGGUUUCUGCUGCCACUGCAAGCAAGGAUUCUUCGGGAAUGGCAAAUCCUGUCAACCGAACGACAUUCCUCUUCGCGUAAUUGGACGCAUUUCCGGGACGAUAAAUGGCAUCGAGUUCCCGUCGAGGGAUCUGCAGUGUUACGUGCAAACGAAGGAUGGAAGGACGUACACGGCUCUGUCGAGGGUGCCCGAGGAAAUCGGCGCCAGUUUCCAGCUGCUCGGCAAUCUGGGCGGGGUGAUUGGCUGGCUGUUCGCUAAACCGGUUGGCGAAACGAAGAACGGAUAUCAGUUGACAGGUGGCCUGUUCAAUCACACGACGGAAGUGACGUUCCCAGCGACGGGAGAGAAGGUGACGAUACGAAGCAAUUACCUCGGGCUGGACGUCUUCGGGCAACUGAAAAUGGAAUCAGAAAUCACGGGUACACUACCGUCGUUGAAAUCGACGGCUCGAGUAGAUUAUGGCGACUACGACGAACUUUACACCAGAGCACAAGCCGGAGUGAUUCGCGCGCGUAGCGAAAGAAUUUGCAAGGUGAACGAUGGAAGCGAAGAACGGGAUAUGAGCUUCACGCAGGAUCAGACGAUCGUCUAUCAGGAGUGCCCGUAUUUGUCCGUCGAUCCUGAAGACGACACCACGCGACUCAAGUACUUCAGAGGUGUCACGACUUACGAAGCCACCGAAGGAAUCAUACGUUUCGCCGUCAACACGAAAGUCGCGCCUCUAGAUGAGGAGGAUCCUUGCAUUCAAGGAAGGGAGACUUGUACCGAUCACAGCAGCUGUGUCGUCGAAGGAGACGAUUUUAAAUGCGUUUGUAAUCCAGGAUAUCAAUAUUUAUACGAAGAGGAUGGCAGCGCAAUUUGCGUAGACGUGAACGAGUGCACCGCCGGCAAUCACAUGUGCUCUCCGGACGCACAGUGCAUCAAUCAAGAGGGUGCACACACCUGCCAAUGCAGACCUGGCUUCUCCGGAGAUGGUCGCGUUUGCGAGAGACUUGCCACGUGCGAGGAGACGCGUUGCGGUAAUUACGAGCAAUGCGUGAUGGUCGAAGGGAUGCCCAGGUGCAGCUGCAUGCCAGGUUUCGAAGACACCGAACAGGGUUGCUACCCCUUGCAACGUGGUUCCUGCGACGCCGAGGAUAACUGCUCGCCCAAUGGAUUCUGCAGUUUCGACGGGGAGAAGCAUGUCUGCAUCUGUCUACCAGGUUAUCUUGGCGAUGGUUACACGUGCGCGCCGGAAUCGGACGAGACCACAACGGACGGACCACCGAAACCACAGUGCUUGGAGGAGAUGUGCUGGUGCCCCGGAGGUUGGGAAUAUCGAAACAACGAAUGCAUUCGCCAGGAAGUGGAGGAUCCCAGAACCGCUCUCUACGAUCGAGACUUAUCGGCACGCCCGGUCCCGGAAUGCUACGAAGACUACUGCAUUUGUCCCUGGGGAUACGAUUACGACCGUACGGAGGAGAUUUGCGUGCCUCGGCCUGGAUACAACCACGAAACGAUGGGCCCAUCAGGAGUUCACUUAUCGUGCAACGUGGUGAACAGGUGUCAUCCCUACGCUCAGUGCAUCUACGUGGCGAGCACCGCUAGCUACGAGUGUCGCUGCAACUCAGGCUUCGAGGGUGACGGUAUGGAGUGCACGAAAACAGAGGUGUCCUGCUUGGACGUGGACAUCUGCGAUCCCAACGCUUCCUGCCAGCACGAGGAGCCGCCAAGUGUGGCCAAGUGCGUCUGCAAUCCAGGAUUCGAAGGCGACGGAACUACUUGCAGUCCCAUCGACGAAUGCAGCGGCGACGAGGAUUGCUCGGAGAACGAACGGUGCUCUUACAAUCCAUCCAGCUCGCGGCACGAGUGCACUUGUAACCCUGAAUUCAGCAUGGUGGACGGUCGCUGCGUGGUGUCCGAUUGCUCGACAAAUCCAUCCCAGUGUCACGUGAAUGCGCGGUGCGUAUCCGCUGGUGGCGGUGGUUACAAGUGCGUUUGCAUCGACGGAUACAACGGGGACGGGAUUCGCCAAUGUGUCGAGGAUCAUAUCGGCUGCAACGUUCUCAAUAACUGCGGCAGGAACGCGGUCUGCGGAUACAACCAGACGUCCGCAAACUUCGGCUGCGUCUGCCAACCGGGCUUUUACGGCGAUGGGUUGACGUGUCUGCCUCAAUCGUCUUGCAGACACGAUUCGACUCUUUGCUCGCCCGACGCGACUUGCGUGGCGGCCGGAGAGAAUCAGUUCGCUUGUGUAUGCAACGACGGUUACACGGGCGAUGGAGCUGAUUGCAAACCGCGGCCAAGACACGAAUCGAACUUCCUGCUGGUUAACCAAGGAAUGGCCACGCUCAGGAUACCGUUGACACCGACGCGCGAGGCACCAGGGUUUCCAAUUUACAUAGCGUACACGCAAAUGGCGAUCGCGAUCGACAUCGAUUGCCUGAACGGGAAGGCGUAUUCCAGCGAUAUCACAGGUAGUCGAAUAAUCGAGUUAAGUUAUAACGGAUCGAUGGCGGAGACGUUCCUACCGAAAGUGAGCAGCCCCGAGGGACUCUCGGUCGAUUGGGUUUCCAGAAAUAUUUUCUGGACCGACUCCGGCAAGACGACAGUAGAGGUCGCCAAUCUCGAUACGAAGAAACGUAAGGUCCUCGUUUCCGACGGACUGGUUAAUCCCAGGGGUAUAGCCGUUCACCCGUACAGGGGGAAGAUAUUCUGGUCGGAUUGGAACCGUGCCGCGCCGAAAUUGGAGUGGGCCAACGAGGACGGGACCGGCCGUGCAAUCUUCCUUCAAGGGAAUUACGUCAAGCUACCGAAUUCAUUAAGUAUCGAUUGGGCAACGGAUGAGCUAUGCUGGGCGGAUGCCGGGACGUUCACGAUAAACUGCAUGGAGAUCGAUAGCAGGGAUAUCAAGGUGGUAGCCAACGAGCUCACUUAUCCGUUCGGUUUGGCGAUCUCGCAGCAGAAUUACUACUGGACCGACUGGAAAACACACAAAAUCGAGGUUGCCAUGAAGAGCAGCGGGGACAGGAAGCCGACCAUAUCGAUACCACCGGGCGGAAGCGGUAAAUUAUACGGAAUAGUCGUCGUUCCUGAGUCAUGUCCAAGAGUGAGCAACGUCUGUCAAUACGAGAACGGAAGGUGUAACAAGGACCAAUUGUGUCUGCCGGACGGUCAGGGGAGCAGGACGUGCGUGUGCGCGGACGACGCGACAGGACCUUGCACCGACUCCCAUUAAACGACGCAAUCUGUCGUCAAAAUCGAAGAACAGGCGACACGGAAGAACCUGUUCAACGCCCGAUGGAGGAGGAAAAUAUGGUCCGACGGUCGCGCCCCGCCGAUGUCAGGAGCCAUCCGUUAGACCGCGUGUAAAUUAUAAUAUUAUUCAUGGUAUGAUUAGUUUGUCGACGACGUUUUCGAGUAAUGCACCUUUUUGUAUCUAAUGUAACGACCGCAGCGCGAAGCUGGAUGUACGGUGGUGCGGUUCUAUUGACGCGUUAUUUAAUAAAAAUCCAAGAAACAUA